CACUUCAGUUAUAAAUAACGCAUGUAUGUACUGUGCCAAGUUCUGUUUAAGCUAUAUUUUGCUCGCUUUUAUUAGACAACGAAGCUUUAACACCGAAAGCUGCCACUCUUAAAAUAAGUACUGACUUGUUGUGUGGAGGCUAUCCAUGCUGUAAACGCAGUGCUAGAGCAUCCAGGUCUAACAUCAAAAUCUAUCGUCAUUGUUAAAACUAAUAACUUAUUGUGUGAAGGCUAUCCAUGCUGUAAGCAGUGCUGUGGCAGCCAGCCGGUGGUGGUGUAGACGUCUGAUGAUUACGAUGGAAUAGAGAGGAUGAUGGUGGAUAAACUGCUGACUCAGCAACAAUGCGACCAACUCAUUCAACUAGCAUCAUACGGCAAGGAGGGUGAUGGAUACGAAAGAAAAUCUCCGCAUACAGAGAACGAGAAAUUUGAAGGCCUUCACCUUCUGGAGGCAGCAAAGAGAUCAUCGUACGGUGAGAUAGAGCCGUCCCUCUCCUGGCUGUAUGUCAAUGCUAGUAGGUGGAGCAAAGACAUGGUUGCCAAAGUGUUUAAGUUGGAGUCACCUCUCUACUUCUCUUAUACAUAUCUCGUGUGUCGUACAUCAAAGGAAGGUAAGCAGGAAAGUCAUCGUGAUCUAAGUCACCCCGUCCACUCUGACAACUGUAUCCUUGACGACCUAACGGGAGAAUGUAACAAAGUGGCCCCUGCCUACACUUGGAGGGAUUACAGUGCCUUGUUGUAUUUGAAUGGAGUGGAAGAUUUUGAAGGAGGAGAAUUCUUUUACGCUCACUCUACCAAAGACCUCAGCCCAGAUGUACUCGUUAAGCCCGAGUGUGGUCGUUUGGUGGGCUUCUCUGCUGGUAAGGAGAACAUGCACGGUGUGCUACCAGUGACGGGUGGGAGGAGGUGUGCUGUGGCGCUGUGGUUCACCCUUGACCCCCAGCACAGCGAGGUAGCCUUCGAUCAGGCAGAGGAUCUACUCAUCUCACUAUAAACUUAUCACCCUAAUAAAAGUAAAAAUAAUGAAUGUGUGUGUGCGGUGUGGCUUAUGCAAUCAAUCAAACUGUUAUAAUUUCAAUAAUUAUAUUACAUGCACGUUGUCUACAUUUAAAAAAUGUUAAGGCGAAAAGAAAAUUAGCUAAA